UGCUGGUAUGGGCUAACAGAGUGCCUGCCUCCUGCAUCUUGGGUAUGCCAAUUUCUCAGCCACAAAGUGGGCUUGGAGGCAGGAAGACAAACACACAAGGGAGCUAGAUUACCCCAAGGUGGGCAAUCCCUCUAGAGCAGCCUGAGUUCCAGGAUCCCUACUUUGUGACUGAGAGCGCAUCGUGGUAAGCAUGGCUGCAGUCAUCACUUGGGCCCUGGCCCUCCUCUCAGUGUUUUCAGCUACUCAGGCACGAAAGGAUUUCUUGGACCACUUCAGACAGAGCAGCGGGGACAAAGGCAUGAUGGGCCAGCAGCAGAAGGUGGCACGGGAGAGCACGAAAAAUAGCUUGGAGCAAGACCUCUACAAUCUGAACAAUUUCCUAGGAAAGCUGAGCCCCUCAAGUGGGCCGGGGAAGGAGCCUCACCCACUGGCACAGGAUCCAGAAGGUAUGAGAAAGCAGCUUCAGCAGGAGCUGGGGGAGGUCAGAGCUCGCCUGGGACCCUACAUGGCUGCGAAGCACCAGCAGGUAGGCUGGAACUUGGAGGGCUUGAGGCAGCAGCUGAAGCCCUACACGGUGGAGCUGAUGGAGCAAGUGGGCCUGAGCGUGCAGGAGCUGCAAGAACAGUUGCGUCUUGUGGGAGAAGACACCAAGGCCCAGCUGCUGGGGGGCGUGGACGAGGCACUGAGCCUGCUGAAGGAAAUGCAAAGUCGAGUGCUGCAUCACACAGACCGGGUCAAAAAACUCUUCCACCCUUAUGCCGAGCGCUUGGUGACCGGCAUUGGGCACCAUGUGCAGGAGCUGCACCGCAGUGUCGCUCCUCACGCGGCUGCCAGCCCCGCGCGACUCAGCCGCUGUGUGCAGAGCCUGUCCCACAAACUCACACUCAAGGCAAAGGACCUGCACACCAGCAUCCAGCGCAACCUGGACCAGCUGCGCGAGGGGCUCAGUGCCUUUGUCCGCACCAGCGCAGAUGGGGCCGAGGCUGGAGCCUCCCCGGACCCCCAGGCACUCUCUGAGGAGGUCCGCCAGAGACUCCAGGCUUUUCGACAUGACACCUUCCUACAGAUCGCUGCAUUCACUCGGGCCAUUGACCAGGAGACAGAGGAAGUUCAGCAGCAGCUAGCACCACCCCCGCCUGGCCACAGCUCCUUCGCACCUGAGUUGGAACACCCGGACAAGGACAAGGCCCUGAACAGACUGCAGAGCCGACUGGAUGACCUGUGGGAAGAUAUUAGUUACAGCCUUCACGACCAAGGCCAUAGCCAGCUGGGAGAGCCCUGAGGAUCUGCUGGCUCAGGUUCACUCCCCAGCUCUCUGUCUGGGGAUCCUUGGAUCCUGAGCCUCUAGCAUGACCUAUUGGUCAGAAGGUGGAGGGUUCUGCACAGCAUAGGUGAGGCCACCAAACGGUGCUGCCCAAACCUAUCCAGCCUCCUCAGCUCCCUCACUCAGGUGCAUUACACUCGCCAGGUUUCGCAAA